AUGCAUCCCCAUCUGCACACUAAGGACAACUUCGAGUGCGAAGACGUCAUGGUCGCCCUGGAAGAAUGCCACGCCAGGGGCUUCCUGCACAAGGCCACCGGCGGCUGCAACGACGCAAAGGACAAGCUCACCCAGUGCCUCAAGGGCGCGCGCGCGAGGCGCACCGAGGCCAACCGCGCGGCGGCGCGGGCCAAGAGGGAGGAGCGCGAGAACAGGAUCAAGGAGCUGAACAAGUCCCUCGGCCUCGAUUAA